GCUUCCAAGUUCACUUUGUCGAAAGCGAAGGGGCGGAGAGGGGAUUGAGCGCAGCUGCAUUCCUGACACAGAGGCUCGCGAGGCGCUUGAUGAUUAUUACUAAAACCCGCUGUCACUCUCUAGCAGCUCUGCUCGUGUGCGCGUGCUGUGCAGUGAAAGUCUUCUUCACGCGCUUGUUGAGGCAGUGCUGCUUUCUUCCAAGUUUUGGACACGCUUGAAACAUCCGGACUCGGAGUUUGCUCGUCGCUUUUACUGGGAGUCUAGUCAAUCUGUCUGCCCAGGAGCGAGCUCCGCAGGGAACAUGUACAAAUAUGUACAGUAUGGAUUUUAGGAGGACGAAACUCGGAAGGUUUAUGAACAACCGAGUCCCAUCUAGCAAGAGAUACCAGCCAACUGAGUAUGAGCAUGCAGCCAACUGUGCCACUCAUGGAUUCUGGAUCAUUCCCAGUAUCCUGGGAAGCUCGGUGCUGUACUUCCUCUCUGAUGACCAGUGGGAGACUAUCUCUGCAUGGAUGUAUGGGACAGGUCUGUCAGGGCUGUUCAUCAUGUCCACCAUGUUCCACACAGUGUCCUGGAAGAAAAGUCAUCUCAGGAAGGUGGAGCAGCGAUUCCACAUGUGCGACAGGAUGGUGAUAUAUUUCUUUAUAGCUGCAUCUUAUGCACCCUGGCUGAACCUGAGGGAACUCGGACCCUGGGCUGUGCACAUGCGCUGGUUGGUGUGGAUCAUGGCUUGCGCUGGCUCUGCCUACGUCUUCUUCUUUCAUGAGAAGAACAAGGUACUAGACUUACUGUGCUACACCGCCAUGGGAGCUGUUCCUGCAGUUGUUCUUCUGUCAAUGCCUAACAGAGAGGGAAUAUUAGAGCUGUCAGUGGGCGGAGUCUUCUACUGCCUGGGAAUUGUCUUCUUCAAGAGUGAUGGCCUCAUCCCAUUCGCUCAUGCCAUCUGGCACGUCUUUGUGGCAGUGGGGGCAGGCGUACACUAUUACGCCAUCUGGAGGUACUUGUAUGCAACGGGGACCGGCCAAAUCAAAAUCUCCAGGUGACAGAUGAAGAUCUCAAGCAUGUUCACACAUACAGGGUUUGUUGAGCUAUAAAAGACAAUGUAUCUGACCAUGAGCUGCCUUUGCAUCCCUCUAUAUUAAUCAUAGACGGGCAUGUUUUAGUACUGUUGGUCUAAAAUGUAUUUUUAUAUAGAAGGAUUUCUGUCCUGAUAACUCAGCACCUUCUGGCCAGUCUAUUUUUGCAGAUGUAGUCUUAACCUGUUGACAUAAUGUACUGUUUUACCCGUCAGUGUUUACAGGCAAAAUGUGUAUAAUACAGAAGACAUGAAUAACAUUCCACAUCCUUUAAACUGAGCUGAUCUUCUGCCUUGAUAUGAACUCCCAUAAUCAGACUGUGCUUAUGAAAGUCAUUUAUUGGCAUUGAGCAGAAAAAUUAUAUCCAGGUACAGUAUUUCUACUACUGUGAUCUUGUAGUAAUGUAUAUGUACAAACAUUUUAGAAAUGACCUUUUAAUUGUUGCACAAUGGAUCAUGUCUAUGGGGUUGUGAUCAUGUUUAGAUGGAGAGUUAGAGGGGAUGACAAGUCUCUUAUACAGUAAAAACUGUAUUAUUAUAAAGUAUUAUUAAAAUUUUAUUCCCGUGAUGGCACAGCAUCAUUACUCCAGUCUUCAGUGUUACAUGAUCCUUCAGAAACCAUUCUAAUAUACUGAUUUGCUGCUCAAUUAAAAUUGGUGCUCAAUUAAUAAUAUUGGUUAUUACUAUUAUCAAUGUUUUAUCAUUUUCUUUUCUUUCUUCCCCUCUUUCCCUAUAUAUAUAUAUAUAUAUAUAUAUUCUAUAUAUAUAUAUAUAUAUAUAUAUAUAUAUAUAUAUAUAUAUAUAUAUAUAUAUAUAUAUAUAUAUAUAUAUAUAUAUAUAUAUAUAGUUUAUCUUACCGCGAACUAUCAAAUGGUAGCAUCAGUUUUCACAAAAAUAUUAAACUGGAAAGCUGUCAUUAUUAUCAAUACUGAUCAUAAUGUAUUUUUGAGCACCAAUUCAAGUCAGCUGAGCUCACACAGAGCCUUUUAUUUGUUACUGGGAAUGAGCCAUGCACAUGGAAACUAGCCUUGAUGAAUUAGUAAAACCAAAUAAGACUUCUCUCAAGGCCUACUGAAUAUAUAAACCUUUAUGAAACUCUUGCAACGUAAACGUCUGUUUUACCGAUUAAUAAAUUUAGCCAUGAAGCUCAGAUAUGAAAGAGCAUGUUUUAAAGCACUGUGACUUUGAAUGUAUAACACAUUUUUUACUCAUUUUGUCAUAAUGUCACAUUUAUAGGACAGUAAGCACUUGAAUUGUGUCAAAUGGCAUUUCUAUGGUGAAUUCUUUUGUACCGUUAGUUUCACAGACUUUCAACAACUCGAUCUAAACUGUAUUUUAACAGUUUUGACACUAAUCAUAAAUGCAGAAUGUGUCAUUUAUAGAAAUGUGUCUCUAACAAAAAUUCCAAUAAAUCGAGGAAUAAAUCCCAA